AUGUCCGACGUUGACGAGCUCGAUGACUUUGACUCGGGACCCGAACCAGACGAUGUUUGCGACAGAAACUACUCCCCAGGCUCCGCACAGGGCAGCGGAAACGAGGCAGCGGCGGUUGUAAGACACCAGUGUGUCAAAUGCUUGGGCGGUGGCGGGGGCUGCUUCCCACCACCCGAGGGAUGGGCAGUCGCAUGGGGCUUCAAACGGGACAAUCGUGGCGGCCGGGGAUUCUGGCGCUUCUGCGUCAUGUUCGAGAAUUGGUCAGCAGCAAAGGGCAUGUCGGAAAAUAAUCUCAAGGAUCUGGGUUUCGACACAGAUGCCUACCGGAUGGAAAAUCCAGACCGCGAGUAUGCGCGACUGGUGUUCGGCAACCACAUGCGGACCGAUAUGCUGGACCCUAACCCGAAACGGCUUUCUCGGUUUCGCGGUUCUGCUCCCACUCCCAGCCGUUUGCCCGUCUCGCCGAUGACCCUGCGACACCGCUCCGGCAAACGCGCGCAGACAAGCCAGGCAGGAGGAGACGCCAAACGUGGGAAGCACCGCGCUGUCAUCGAGGACUCGGACGAUGGUGCAAGACACGACGGCAGACCGAGUCGCCAGAAAGAUCGCCAUGCCUCUCAUGUGUCGGACAGUGUCAUUGGCGACUGCGACGUUGACGACAACGUCAUCCCGCAGUUACCUCUCAACAGGGAGGUUGAUCGACACGAGAAUGUCGCAGGCCAUAAUGGUAGUUGGGUCCGCAAUGCAACUCCUGGGCCCUCUCGCUUGCCCGGGAGAGACGAUCAAGAGGUGGAUGGCCUCGUCACAUCGGGUCAGCACGAGGAGAGUGACGAGCAAGGGAAUGGACCAGUCGAAGUGACAAUGAAUGACCAUCGCCGACGCCUUACUGCGCCUCAGACGCAGGUCAGCGUCAAGUCCCCGGAGGAGCCCGCAUCCACCUCGUCUGUUCUUCCGGCCGCCGGCUCUCCAUCCGGCCCUCGUCUCGACUUAUCGCCACCUCCCGGCCCUCAUGUUCUCGAUGGCGCAGCUGUGCCGCCUCCUGCUUCCAUUCCUAUCGCCGCCCAGGUGGACCAGCCGCAGUUGGUGCCUACGGCUGCUCCACCGCAGUCUCUCCAACAGCAGAACUCGCCGGCAGAGGUGAACCGGCCCAACGCCCCUGUCCACGCACGGUCGAUCGAGCCGAAAGUCGAACCCACAGAUGGCAACUUGGCGUUCCCGCUCCAGGCGGUUGUCGGUCACCGCGGCGUCUCCGACAACGACGACGAUGAUGGUUAUUUCGAGAUUACGGGUAUCAAGCCUCCCCCUCUGCCGCCGCCCAGGAUCAAGGUUGAACCGCCAUCGUCGACCAUUGGGGCUCUGCCGACUCCUGCCGCUUCGUCUUCAGCUGCCACGGACCCGAACGUUCCUCCAGCGGCACCAGUAGGCCGUCAGCCUAUCAAUCGCCCCAUCAUAAGGAGGCAACCGCACGCCACGCCAGGGCCACGACCUGUCACCCCCGGCUGGAAAUUUGGAGCCGGGGUAAACUUGGUUGAAGAACCUGUGCUUGAUCUCGUCGUAAGCGGGACCUUCGCAUCUCUGUACACAACUGGCCGACAGCCUGCUCUCUACGGUCCUCGCUGUCGAGGGGUGGAUGGCUCUGUCGUCCGGGGCCAAGUCAUGGUCGACGUCGUGCGCACCAAGGAGGUGGUCGCUGACAUGGAACACGUCCCCAUCAUGGCGAUUCACACCGUUCAUCGCGUCGCCGUCAACCAGUACCAGGUCAAGCUGCCAGUCAUCGCCAUUGGCAAGAGCGACGUUGUCGUCAUCUACAUCCGCCUUGAUCACUGGAUGCCUUUCCACGCUCAAUUCUACGACCCGUCCGCGCCGAAUCCGUCUGCCCAGCAUUCUUUUCAGAAGGAUGUCGAUUACCACUUUGUGUUCACGUUGGACAAGUCUGUCAAACGUCCGACCACCGCUCCUCGCUGCCCGCCGCCGUCCAUGGUCGAUCAUCUCCUGAGAACCAUUGUCGACAAUUUUCGGCACGGGAACGUCGUCAAGAUCACCCUCAUCGGCUGCGAGGACUGGCCACGAGGUUGGUGCGGCCAGGUGAAACCGACCGAAACCAUUCGUGCCUACUGCACGCGGAUGUUCACCAACUUCUUGCAGGAGGCUCGGUUCCACCACUUUGCUAGUCUUAGUUGGGACGCCCACGAGCUGCUCCGCUUCAUAACGAUGGCUGAAUACCAGCGGUACUGGAACAGGCGGCAAGCGACCUUUGGUGCCCUCACGAAGGACUUCUACCGCGAGUAA